AUGUUUCGAUUGUGCUUGCUCUUGACUCUCUGCUGCACAGGCAGCUGGAGCAUUGAAGUUGAACCUCAGCUGGAGCUGGUGCCGAUUAUCAAGUCGUUAGUUGAGCAAAAAAAUGAUGGCUCCUAUUUCUUUGCAUAUGAAGGCGCCGAUGGCAGCUAUCGCGAGGAGGUUGGCAUCGUGAGACGCUCCAGUAAACACAUGAGAGCUGCAGUUGAUGAAGAUGCUGCUGCUACAGAUGAUGAUGUUGAUGAUGAUGAUGCUGAAGCGGAGCUAGAAGUAUCUGGCGUUUAUCGUUACAUUGACAGUGAUGGGGAGCGUGUGGAGGUCAACUAUGUGGCUGACAAAAAUGGAUUUGUGCCCGUGGGCACAAAUAUACCCAAGGAAAUAACGGAGGUGGCCAGGAAUGCGGUAAAGUCACUCGAGGUGAGAGUUAAGUAG